CCUUUUCUUUCUUUUCCUUUCCUUUUACUUUUGACGGGUUUUCUGUCUCGCUUCACCAAAACAAAAAUCUAACCAACAUGUCACAACCCUACGGAUAUCCUCCACCUCCCGGCGGCGAAGGGCAAUACUAUGCACCCCCACCCGACGGUGGUUAUGGAGCACCUCCUCCACAAGGAUACUAUCAGCCAGCACCUCCGCCACAAACCAUUUAUGUACAGCAAGAACCACAACCUAGCAGUGAUCGAUCAUGCUGUUGGGGAUGCUUGGCAGCGAUUUGUUUCUGUUGCGUCCUAGAGGAGAUAUGCGGAUAGAAUAUGAAGAAAAAUAAUAAAAUUGGCAUGGUGCAACAAACAUGCAUUCGGCAAAACGGUGCCAUGUCCAGUCCAAUCAAAAUUUGUUGCAAGUCUGUCCCACCAUCACUUUGGCGUGAUGUUCUCCUCUUUUUGCUUGCGAGGUCCAGUUUUACUUUGAAAAUGAAAAAAAAAAAAUUCGCUGUAUUUCGAAAUUGGACGUCAUUCGUU